CGUGACUUUGAUAUGAGCAAUCGGUUUGUUUACACGAAUUUUUAUUAAGGAUAGAUUAACUGUGUGACCUUAAACAAAAUUGUUAGUAGAUCACUGUUUCAAAGAUAUCUACGGUCAUGAACUAGGAGGUUUAUGCACGAUAAAUAUCAACCAUUUCUUUUAAGGCCACUCAGCUGUACUGUUAAAACGUGAUCUACAUGUACUGGAACAAUCAGAUAUACAGAGGCUAGCUCUUGGUAAUUAAGCCCAAUGAAAAGUACAAUCGGAUAUCAACAUUACUACUGAGGAUUGAGGAAUAGCAAAGACCGAUCGAAGAGCUUUGUGACAGUGAAUAUUCCUCGUUACCUACCAUUCGAACACGGGUGAGAUCCACCGCGAUCAAUACCAAAAUGGCAUCUGAACCAACAGGGGAAAACCUACUUGUGGAUAAAGUGGUUCUAAUUCCCGUAGAUGAGAGUGAGGGUGCGCUAAAGGCGUUUACAUUUUAUGCAGAAACUCUACACAAGCCAGAGAACGUCGUGCAUUUCGUGAAUGUCCAUUAUCCAGAGCCUCCUCCCUCGGCAUUUAUGGCAUCUUCAGCGGAGAUAUGGGCUGACGUGUUGAGGAAGUCACAGGCAAAAGCCAGAGCAAAUCUAAACGAAUACCAGAAGAAGGCCAAGGAUGCAGGGAUGGGGGCAUGUAAAGCUUGGGCAAAGGUUGGCAAACCUGGUGAAGGAAUAUGCGAGACAGCACAAGAGCUGAAUGUUAAACUCAUCGUCAUUGGUUCACGUGGUUUGGGAAAACUUCGACGCACAAUAUUAGGCAGUGUUAGUGACUAUGUACUCCACCAUGCAAACAUACCUGUAUUUGUGGUCCACUAGUAACUAAUAAACCAUGACAAAAUGUAAUACGAAAUUACACGGACCUCAAAUUGAAAUAACCGGGUGGACUGUAAAUUGCAACACAUGACGUCAAGAUAAGAUGGAACCAUACUUCGUUUUUUAAGUUGUUAUUUUUAUAUGUACAUGUAAGUUAAUGUCAUUAUUAAUGUCUAAUGUUGUAAAAUGUGAAUAAAAGUAAGCCGCGACGGUUCAAGUGCCUGACUCCAGCAAUCACGCCAAUAACUAAUACAAUUGAUAGCCUACUUGACACACAUUAAAGCUUGAAUAAUAAACAUACGUUUACGUUUCAAAAUAAUGUUUUAUUCAAUUUUUAUGAAGAAUACAAUAGGUGGUG